UAAACUAUCUGUUAAGACACAUCCUCCUUCCCUCUCGUUCCCGAUCCUCCACUCGAUAAUUUAGCUUCGACGAGGGUGUCGAUGAUCCUACUCUGUUUGACAACACAGUCUUGGUGCAGAAAGGGUCUUAUCGACGCGUCCGCACCUCCAACCGCACCUUCAUUGGUUAGUUCACAUCGUUGCCUAAAUUUUAGCAUUGGAAGCAAUGCAUUUCAUAGCAAGUCGACGGACAGCAUGCAGGACGUACUAAGACGUACGGCCGAGACGCACGAUGAAGGGAAGCUCUUCGGGCAAUUGUCAUGCGAAAGAGUUCUGUGGCGUACAUGUGUAAACUCAGACUGACAGACUACAAACUGCCAAAUUAAAAUUUGAUGCUUCGUCAAUUGAAUAUUUCAACAACUAUAAAUUACC